GAAACCAAGUCCAAUCAAUCAUCAAAGUUGUCUUAUAAACAAAUAAAAAGAAAUCAGCAAAGUAUCAAAGAAACUUGUUGAUUCUGAUGUAGAAGGCGAUGAAAGGCAAAGUCUUCGUCCACUCCAAUGCCAAAGACCAUUUAAGGAAGAAGACGGAGAACGAAGUAAUGGCGGUUGAUAGCAGAGGAAUCCCAACAUAUGGUGGCAGAUAUGUCCGUUACGACGUCUUAGGUAUCAUCUUUGAGGUUUCUUCUAAGUAUGUCCCUCCUAUUCAGCCUAUUGGUCGUGGCGCUUAUGGCAUCGUUUGCUGUGCCAGGAAUUCCGAGACAAACGAAGAGGUUGCGAUUAAAAGAAUUGCGAAUGCAUUUGAGAACAGGAUUGAUGCUAAAAGAACACUCCGUGAGAUCAAGCUCCUUUGUCACAUGGAUCAUGAUAAUAUUGUCAAAAUCAAGGAUAUUAUACUGCCACCGGAGAGGGAAAAGUUCAAUGAUGUGUACAUUGCAUAUGAGCUAAUGGACACUGAUCUCAAUCAAAUAAUACGGUCUAGCCAGCCUCUCACUGAUGAUCACUGUCAGUAUUUCCUAUAUCAACUGUUACGGGGCCUGAAGUACAUACACUCUGCAAAUGUUUUGCACCGAGACCUAAAACCUAGCAACCUGCUUCUUAAUGCAAACUGUGAUCUUAAAAUUUGUGACUUUGGUCUUGCAAGAACCACCUCAGAGACAGACUUCAUGACAGAGUAUGUUGUAACCAGGUGGUAUCGGGCACCUGAGUUGCUCCUCAACUGUUCGGAGUAUACUGCAGCUAUUGAUAUAUGGUCAGUUGGUUGUAUUUUGAUGGAGAUAAUUAGAAGGGAGCCACUUUUUCCUGGUAAAGACUAUGUUCAGCAGUUGGGGCUUAUUACUGAGCUAGUAGGAUCUCCAGAAGAUUCAGAUCUUGGAUUCCUUAGGAGUGACAAUGCUCGAAAGUACGUUAGGCAGCUUCCUCGAUUCCCAAAGCGACCUUUUGCAGAAAAGUUUCCAGAUGUGUCUCCUGUGGCAAUUGAUCUUGCAGAGAAAAUGCUGGUUUUUGAUCCAAGCAAGCGCAUCACUGUCGACCAAGCACUGAAUCACCCAUUUUUAUCAAGUCUUCAUGAGAUCAAUGAGGAGCCCACUUGUCCAUCUCCUUUCAUCUUUGAUUUCGAGCAGACGACCUUGAACGAAGAAGACAUAAAAGAGCUCAUAUGGAGGGAGUCUUUGAACUUCAAUCAAGAUAAGAUGCUCGAAUGAAGUCACUAACAAGCGUCUCCCGAUUUUGUUUUAUGCUGUUUUGCGUCAGUAAAGUCUGUUGGUUUUGGUGAAAAGGCUUGCUUAUAUAUAAAUACAAGAUGACUUGUGUUCUAGCAGAAAAAAAUCAGGGAGAUAGGUUCUCCCUGGAGGUAUUGAGAUUUGAGAUGGUAGAAUGGGUGUUCGUUUCUUGGGUUUAUUUGGGAGUUAAUGGAUUCAGAUUAUAUUUAGGAAUCCAAUCAUCUUAAGGGUGAUAUGUCUGUAUAAAAGAUGGCUAGAGUCUCUUGGCCUCUUAUUGUGUAUGGGAUAUGUCUGUAUAUUUUUUACAUCCAGUUUAUUUUUACGAGAGAAACAACAAACAGAAGAAAGGGUAGCAAUAUAUAGACUUUGUUUUCAAUUUUCA